AUUGCUAAGCACAACACUUUGCUCAGUCAGCAGUGAUGCGAGUAACACAUAUAAACGCGGUCAACAAGUUCAUAGGACAAAGUACCUACCAAGUUUUCCCCGCAGUUCAACAGAAUCAUAUCGGUCUAAAUAACUACUAUGGCUUCAACGAGCAAACGCACUAUCUUUUUCACGGGUGCUACAGGUUAUGUUGGCGGCACAGUGCUCACGCGCCUCAUUGACCACCCUACUUUUGCCAACUCCGAGAUCACCCUGUUGAUUCGUCCUUCGAAGAAGGACAAAAUCUCCGCUCUUCACUCCCUAGGGCUCAACACCGUCCUUGGUUCCUAUAACGACCUCGAUAUUCUUGAGGAACAGGCAUCGAAAGCUGACAUUGUGUUCUCCGUUGCGGACGCAGAUAAUUUAGCCGCGACGGGUCAGCAACCUCUGCUUAUACACACUUGGAAAGGUGUGCUGGUGGACGAUGCUAAGGGCCUGUACCCCACCGACGUUAUCUAUGAUGACUUGAAUCCAGACCAGAUCGAUGCUCUCGCUAUCACCCAGCUUGCACAGGAAUAUAAAGAGAACUAUGUCAAGGCCUAUAUCAUUCUCCCUCCGACGAUCUACGCACUGGCGAAAACAAGAUUCGUCGGUCUUGGGCUGCAGAAUCCCCGUUCUCUGCAAAUCCCGCAGCUUAUUCGUGCGGGGCUUCUUAAAGGCCAAGGGGGAAUGGUAGGCAAGGGCGAAAAUGUCUGGCCCAAUGUCCACAUCGAUGACAUUGCCGACUUGUACAUAAUCGUGUAUGAAAAUGCACUAUCAGGAAAGGCAGGUCACGGCCGGGAAGGAUUCUACUUCGGUGAAAAUGGGGAGCAUAAACUGUACGACCUGAGCAAGGUCGUUGCGCAGGAACUUUACAACGUCGGAAGGGGAAAGUCUCCAGAGCCAGCUCCUUUCACCGAGGAAGACUACAAGCGUCCUGAGAAUUUUGGUCUUGAGUUCCUUGGGACGAACGCCAGAUGCCUCGCACGAAGGGCUCGCGCGCUGGGUUGGAAGCCCAAAUAUACUACAGAGGAUGCAUUCAAGAGCAUCAAGCCUGAGGUCGAGUACGCGAUCCAGAGUGGAAAUUACUGA